UUGGACGAUUGAGCUUCCCAUAACCAGCACAUGUGGUAAGUGGGAGCGAUCUAGAAAAUGUCUCCUCGAUCGAGAGGCGCAAAGAGCGUCGCAGAUGCUUUCGCAUCGCCCUCACUCCACCACGUGUGCUCUUCAUGUCUCCAGACUCUAUCCAAACGGAAUUACGCCUCUGCCGCAACGGCCAAAGCAAGCCUUGAAUCCCAGAUACCCCCGCCUAUCACUCAACUAUCGCCGUCGGGACCUGAGGCGUCCCUGUCGCCCCAACCACUUUACACAAUCAAAGCCGGGAUCGUCCUUUCCCGCCCGCCCCUGAUCACACCAGACCCUCAUCCCUUUGAGACAGCUUUUCAUCUGUAUCAGCGCCGCCUCAACGAGCGUCUUGUGUUACCUUUUACGCAGUACUUCUACUACCGCCGCAAUACACCUGCAUUUGAAAAUUGGCGCAAACAUCGCCGUGAGCGAGGCGGCGCCGCAACACGCGACAUCGGGAAGUACAACGCGUACAGUCCGGAGGCGUGGAAUGACGAAGUACUCGUGGGUGACGAGACCGGGAAACCAGAGAAAAUACUAGAGCAACUUAUCACUGAGGAGGGCAGAGCUGACGAAUUCACUGGCCAAGGGGAUUCUAGGUUUGCGGGGUUGAGGAGGUUCACGGAGGCAGACGAGAAGAACAACCAGAGGAGCUUGGAGAGGAGGCUGCAGAGGACGUUGUAUUUGUUGGUAAAACUGAAGAACAAGGGCGGACAGGCAAAGGAGAAGGACGUGGACAGCGACAGUGAGAAAUGGUUGUGGAGGUUUCCCUCUGGUCCGGUUGUUGGGUUUGAAGGGUUGAAAGAGGCCGCGCAACGCAUCCUCUUCAGCUCACUAGGCCCGAACAUGAACACCUUUUUCGUCGGCAACCACCCAGUUGGCCACUACGUGGCGCGCUUCUCUUCACCGCGCCCGCGCCCAUCUACGCCCCCUUUGUAUGUCCCUGGAUCCUCAGCCUCUGCAACUUCAGAAUCUAUAGAACAUCCGACCUCUUCAACACCGUUGUCAGCGACGACACAGGUUGAGAAAGCCAGCGACUCGACACCCCUAAAACAAGACCUUGCCGCAACACAGGGCUUAGUCGACGGCGAAAAGACCUUCUUCAUGAAAGCGCGGAUAAUGGCAGGCCAAGCAGACGUCUCCUACUCUACUAUCCAUGCCAAUCCCAGUGAGAAAGGAUCAAAAACGUUGACGGAUACAAAAGCUGCAGGCGUUGUCAACGGUGAGACUAAGGACAAAAAGGGUGUUGUCGUGGAUAUGGGGUUGGAUGAAAUCGAAGACUUCAAAUGGUUGAGUAAAGAUGAGGUGGAGAAGCAUGUGCAUCCGGACUACUGGGUCAAGGUGAAGAACAUGCUUGUGACACAGUGAGAUACAACGGACCUACUCAAUACAGGCCCUUGGGAAAGCGCAAAGACCAUAAAAUCAAGGGAAACCGGAGGCAGAAACAACAAUCCCGCGUCUCGAAGACCUACUCUAUCCAAACUGCAAUGGAACAAAGAGGGCCGGAGCACUGUCUCGUAUUGCAAGGGAGCAUCCAGAGAGCGCGUAGCAGGAGAAGGGAGAAAAACGCUACGCGCGAAAGGCGAAUUUUUCCAAGGCUAGGCCCCUGGCUAUAAGGGACGAGCGGGAAGAGAGCAGGCAUCCGACAGUCUCCAUGUAGUAUUCGCAAGUGUAUAUUGAAAAGGGGAGAUCUGUACAAAAUAGACGGGCGAAAAGGUGAAGACGAGGCAGCACGAUAGCAUCUCAUCACCUUAUUCAAUUCAAUGUAUUCUUGGCCUUCCAACUCGGAAAGGAGGAAGUGAGAAGAUAUGAGACGAGAUAGCCUGUAUCUAGGGCAUCUAUUUCGUCCUUUGCCUCAUCUAAGAUCCAAAAGACUUGACGC